GCCAUAUCGCCAUGGCAUCGCACAGACAGAUUAGUUGUUUGUAAAAUGACUUGCGCACGGGCCUUGGUGCGCAUCGCUCAAACAUCCCACAACAUCACAUCUCAUCAUCUCAUCAUCUCCACUCCUCACCUCUCCCAUUCACCUUUGCUCUCCACCCCUCCAACACCCCUCACCACCCCCAUGAAGGCCUUCUCCGCCCACUUCAGCAAGAAGCGCAAGCGCGCGCACGAGGCCAAGUCGUCCGUCCCCCCGAGCGACCCAACCGCCACGCCCCAAGCAGGCCCGGUCCACGCCCCCACAUCAGACGGCACGCUGAUCACCCCGAGCCCCCUCCGCGUCGCCCUCGGCUACUCGGAUGCGCAAGAGUACGCGUACGACGACGUAGAGGAGCUUGAGGACGAAGAGUAUGAAGAGCACGCGUAUGCCCACGCGCGAGAGCACGCGCGCUCCGCGACCCCCGAGACACCACCGCUCAUGGAGAACGAGCUGGAGGACGAUGACGAAGACCUUCUCGCCCGCCUCCUCCGGCGCGAGCGUGAGUACACCCGCCUGCAGGUGUACUAUGAGGAGCUGCACAGGCGAUACGCGGACAGCAAGGAGCAGAUCGCACAUCUCAACCGACAGGUGGACGCGCUGGGGGCGCGCGUCGAGCGCAAAGAGCGGCGUAUCCGCUUGCUGAAGGUUCUGGCGAUUCGGCGGUAGUUGUAGUGUUGUAACUUGCAC